CGGGGACCCAGGCGGGGGCGAGGCCAUGUCGGAUCUGGGCUCGGAGGAGUUGGAGGAGGAGGGAGAGAAUGAUCUUGGGGAAUACGAAGGGGAACGGAAUGAAGCAGGUGAACGGCACGGGCAGGGGAGAGCCAGACUGCCCAACGGGGACACCUAUGAAGGGAAGUAUGAAUUCGGCAAAAGGCACGGCCAGGGAAUCUACAAAUUUAAAAAUGGUGCUCGCUACAUUGGAGAAUAUUUUAAGAACAAAAAGCAUGGCCAAGGCACUUUUGUAUACCCGGAUGGAUCACGCUAUGAAGGGGAGUGGGCCGAUGACCAGAGACACGGCCAUGGCGUGUACUACUACAUCAACAACGACACCUACACAGGCGACUGGCUCGCUCACCAAAGGCACGGGCAAGGCACCUACGUCUAUGCAGAGACAGGCAGCAAGUACGUCGGUACCUGGGUGAACGGACAGCAGGAGGGUGCGGCCGAGCUCAUUCACCUGAACCACAGAUACCAGGGCAAGUUCUUGAACAAAAACCCCAUCGGUCACGGGAAGUAUGUGUUUGACAUUGGAUGUGAACAGCACGGGGAAUAUCGCAUAUCGGAAUUGGACCGAGGCGAAGAGGAAGAAGAGGAGGAAGCAUCGACCACCUUGGCUCCCAAGUGGAAAGCUACCAAAAUCACCGAAUUGGCCCUGUGGACGCCGAGCAUCCCCCAGGAGCCGCUGCCUGCAGACACGGCACCUGGGCAGGAAGAUGCUGGGGGUGCCGCCGGAGGAGAUGCAGGGGAGGAUGUCUUGGGGCAGAUGGAUGCUUCUGAGGCCGAGGAGUCUUUAAGACUUGGUGAUGAUGAUGGAGACAGCAUCAGGGAGGACUACACCCGAGACGAGUUCCGAUAUGACAUGGAUCAUGGAAAUCUCAGUUCGGAAGAGGAAGAAAGUAAGCAGUCAGAAUUACUGGAGUGAGACGCAAGGAGCAGAAGGAAGAGGAGCUGGCAUUCUACAAAGCCUUAUCGGUUGGGGAGUUACCACUAAUUAAUCAUUAAUCUGUCUAGUCUAGUGUUUGUGGUUGUUGCUCCCUUGAUUUAUGAUUGUAAUUGUAAAUAAAUGUGCACUGUCUGAAAUAGCCUGUUUGAAGUUCACUCACCUCAAAGGUACC